AUGCCAACGAUGGCGAAUCGUUCAGAAGAAGAGGAGCUCCUCGUGGAUGGAAGGACAGUAGCUCAAGUGAUUGCCGAAAAUAUUGAAGGUUUAAUAUUCAUUGACCAUAACGCAGUGAUUGCAUCUUUGCUGAGAAAACAAGUGAUCGAUCAUGUUGAGAAUGGCGAAAUUAUGGACAAAUCUCCGAUGGAGAAAAUACGAUUUCUUCAGGAAAAACUCCCACUGAAAGGAGACACUGCAUUCCAGAAAUUUUUGGAGAGUCUCAAAGAGAGAAAUCACUUGAAACUUGCCAGGAAAAUGCGACGUGAAUGCAUGGACUCAUCUAAUGGUAACCAGGACACCACAGUUCGUCAAAAAUAUUCAACCCUUCAUACUUCCAAUGGUAAUUUCAAAGGAGGCCAAAGAAGGUUACACGAGAGUGAUGAUCUACCUGUAAAUGAUGGUGAUGCAGUGACCACCCCAAUUGCAUUCAUGCAGCUGGAGAAUGAAAAGAAAAAGCUGGAAGCAUCAAAUAAAAAAAUGGCGAAUGGACUGGCCAUGGAGAAGAUAGAAAAAGCGCAGCUUGCAAAAGACCUCAAGGAAAGCAAAGACAAGGUAGAAGAACUGCUGUUGGAACUGCGGACCCUAGAGGAGAAAGCCGAGGAUAUUGAGGAUCAGCUCAAGAAGGAACAAAAUGCAUAUAGAGAGAUAGAGAGGGAUAAACGAGCAAUCGAGAAGGAGCUCAAGGAAAGCAAUGAUCAGGUAGAGGAGCUGCAACGGAAGCUGUCGCAUGUGUUGCCUAUGAAGAAGAAAGCAAAAGACCUUGAGGAGCAGCUCAAGAGGGUACAGAAUGCGUACGCAGAGCUAGAGCAAGAUACACAUAUGAUUGAGAAGGAGCUCAAGGAAAAAAUAGAUCAGGUCGACAAGCUGAAACGACAGUUGGCCAAUGUGAAGGAAACGCCUGCACAUUCCGGCGCAAGGAACCAAAGAUCCUCUUUCCCUCCAACCCGAGCUGAGACGCCGAGUGAGGAUGAAGUAGACUCGUUACAAUCACAGCAAACUCGGGCUCGGGUUCUCGCAUGGUCUGAUCUGCUCAGCUUCAACCUCAAGAACAAGCUGAUUGUCAUCCAUAUCUAUUCACACACAAGUGUAAAAAUAUGGGAAGUGGAAAAUAUGGAGGGGAGAAUUGCUGAGAAAAUGAGUCAUGCAAUCUUCCUGGAUGCAGACUUGGAUGCAGACUGGACAAGGGGCUUCUUCUGGACUGACGCUCAGAGAAAAAGGAGCAAUUACUUCCUUUUUGACUAG